AUGGAACAUCGUCUUCCACUGUCGUUCGUCUUGCCAAAUCCGACCGACCUUCCCGUUCUAGCGUUAGGCUUUCUCGACGGUGAUUUUGAAGACCUCCGAGAUCUCCUCCUCUGCUCUACGAAUCUGACGUCUCAUCUGAAACACGACUCUUCUCAUCUAAACGACCGUCUUCUCCACCUCCGGACCGAUCUGACGAAACACGCCGUCUCCUGGAUCUCCACCUCUCUUACCGCCAAAGUUUCACUCGAUGAUUUGAAAUUGAGCCUCCUCAGUCUCUCUGAGAGUGGUACUGAUGCUCUCGGAAAUCAAACGAAUCAGGAGUUACAUCAACUCGUUGAGGAAUUGUGUCGAAUUCAGAAUACGCAAAGAUACUUCGUGACUGCCUUAAAGUUGGAAAGUCUAGUUGGAGAUCUUGAAGAUUCAGUGUUUCAUCCAAUAAGUAAUCGCAAAGGAAGUAUGCUUCAAGAUCUUGCAUUCAAGCAAAAUAGGUCCAAUCAUGCCAUUAAGACAAUGAAUGAGAUUGAAGAAAUACUCGGUGAUGUUACAAGGCAUCACUCACAAUGGCGCCACCUUGUAGAUUCUGUUGAUAGUAGAGUAGAUAAGAGUUUGUCCAUCUUACGGCCACAAAUCAUCGCAGACCACCGAGCUUUUCUCUCAUCUCUUGGCUGGCCACCGAAACUGGCAACAUCUAAAGUCGAUAAUGGAGAGGUUGCUAGCAUCCCUAAUCCUCUACUACUGAUGCAAGAAGAUCAAAAGGAGGCUUAUUCCCAGAGCUUUCUACUCCUCUGUGGUUUACAGAAACUUAACACAAUGAAGGAACAACGGAAGCAUACGCCUAAAGGAAAUGAUGAUAGUGUUGGACUUUGGGCGACCGAUGAGCUGGUGAUACCGGUUGCAUCUCGGUUGGAGUAUCAUUUCAUGAAGUGGGCUGAGCAACCUGAGUUUAUCUUUGAACUUGUUUAUAAAGUUACAAGAGACUUUGCUGAUGGGAUUGACGAUACUUUACAGCCUUUGAUUGACAGAGCUAGGUUAGUGAGCUGUAGUGCUAAAGAAGCUUGGGUUUCAGCUAUGGUCCAGAUGUUAUCCUGUUUCUUAGAGAAAAAGGUUUUUCCUGGUCUUGUAGAAACGUUCAAGAAGGAGAAGCAAAUGAAACCUGAAGUUGUUUCGUCGUGGUUCCAUCUUGUCGAUCAGAUGGUUACGUUUGAUAAACGAAUGCAGUCGUUUGUAGAUUCAGACAUUUUUCUUGGCUCUUCGGUUGCGUUUUCUCAAGGUAUGUCAGUGAUGGGACUGUUUUGUAAGAAACCUGAGUGGCUCAAGACGUGGGGGAAGAUUGAGCUGAAGGAUGCUUAUAGAAAACUUAAAGAAGAUAUCAAGAAUGAGAAGGCUUGGUUAGUUGUUGAUAGUGAGAGAUCAAGACUUGGUGAUGAAUCCAACUCACGGUUUGUUCUAUCUACAAGAGAAGAUUAUAAAGCGCCGUUUGUAGCAGAGUCUUUUCUUAGUAGGACUUGGACGUUGAUAGAACAUGGUUUAUCUCUACCGGAAAUUCUGCCAAGGAUCCAAUUUGUAAGAGCAACCGCCACCAAAUUCCUCUGGUAUGUAUUCAAAAUCCUGUUACUGGAGUUUGGUAAGAUUGAUUUCUCAGAGGACAAUUCAUUUGAAGAUACACUGAAACAAGCCUGUGGACCGAUUAACGCUGCUCGAUUUCUUGAAUCGAAACUACGAGAAUGGUGUGAUGAUGUGGUUCUUGUGGAAAUGUGGGCUGCAGAAACUAGUGUCAUAGUUGAUAGAAAACCUGAAGCUUCUUCCUGCCAUGGCUGCUUUUUUGGGGAAGAACUAAAAGGCCUUGUUGAGUUGGAAACCAAUUGGCUUAUGGAGAUCAUAACAGCUUGUCUCCACCAGUUCGACAAUCUUUGCAGCGAUCACUUCAACGACAAUGUAGUUUCUUGGGAAGAGGAAGAUGACAUUGCCGGCUCCAGCGAUGUAACAGUGUCACAGGGAGUUGCAGAAGCAUUGGACAGUUUAAGAAGGCAUCUAUGUGUUCUUCAGCUAAACAUGAACCCGAAGGACUUCUUGGACUUGUGGAGGAAUCUGGCUCAAGGGCUUGACCAUUAUGUUUCUUGUAAAUUCUUCUCAGGUGUUGUACUGAGGAAAAGGUUUAAGGUCGACGCAGAGGCACUUCUCAUGGUGUUUCAACCUUAUUGUGUUCGUCCUGCUGCGUUUUUUCCUCACGUGAGAGAGAUUCUUAGGCUGUAG